UACAAGGGUUGAAGUGCUACAAGGGAACUGUCAAGAUGUCAUUCAGUGAAGUACUGACCAUCAUUGGAGGACUCACGGUUGUUUUCCAACUGCUGAGCAUGACCUGGAGAUGUUGGCGUGGGCUCAGACAGUUUGUUCUGGCAGAGGUUUGGCACAUGGAUUUAAGGACAAAUGGACAAUGGGCAGUUGUCACCGGUGCUACAUCUGGCAUUGGCAAAGCUUACGCCUGUGAGCUGGCACAUAGAGGCCUGGAUGUCGUCCUGGUGAGCAGAUCUGACGAUAAGCUGCGAAUAGUUGCCAAAGAAAUAGAGCAUCAGUAUGGGCGAAAGACUCGCACAAUCAGAGCAGACUUCACAGAUGGCCACAGCAUCUACCCUGCCAUCGCUAAGGGACUGCAAGGCCUGGAGAUUGGAGUCUUGGUCAACAAUGUAGGAAUGGUCUAUUCUGAUAAUUUUGCCUGUUUCCUGGAUAUUCCUGAUCCUGAGCGGAAAAUCACUGAGGUUAUCAACUGUAACAUGCUGUCUGUCCCUCAGAUGACCAGACUGGUACUUCCAGGCAUGAUCACAAGAAAGAAAGGGCUGAUCAUCAAUAUUUCCUCUGAGGUCGGUGUACGUCCGCAGCCUCUCCUGUCGCUUUACUCCGCCACCAAGAUUUUUGUAACGUAUUUCUCUCAGUGUCUGCACGCUGAGUACAAGUCAAAGGGAAUUACUGUGCAGUGUGUGGCCCCCCUGAUGGUGUCCACCAACAUGACCCACAACAUCGAAGUCAACUGCUUUGUGAAAAGUGCUUCAGAGUUCGCAAAUGAAGCUUUAAACACCGUGGGUCACUCCAGCUACACCAGCGGAUGUCUGUCCCACGCACUGCAGAACGCUGCUCUCACAGUUCUCCUGCCAGACUGGUUGCGUAUGUCACAAUUCCUCAUCAGGAAACUUCAAUGCUUAGUAGAGCUGAGUCACUGUAAAAGAAGAGUGUGUGAGGAAGAGGAGAAACUCAGGGAAAAGGAAGAGUAAUCAUCUGCACAGAAGCUGAAGUUCACUGAAUGAUUAUUGAUAUGAAUACUUACAGUAUAUAUUACUGGAGGUCAAAUACCUAAAUUGUGUAUAAUAUCAUAGGAUGGCAAAUACUAAUAUAUUUUUUUACAUUAUUGUAUGCUUUAUUUUUGCAUUAACGUUUCAAUUAUCUGUACAUCAUAUUUUAUCUAUCCAUGUUCAACAGCCUUAAUCCACUGUAUUUUAAUUAUCAUUUCUCUGUUACUGUAUAUAUUAUUAAACUUGACAAAUACACACACACAAUUUGUUUGUAUCGCAGUUAAGCAAUGUUUUAAGCAUAUAAUCUGGAAUAACUUUACAGUUACAAAGAUAGUAUCACGCAGUACAUUUGGCAUACGUUUACUCUACAGGAUCAUUAGUAACUAAAUCCAUUAGUAAACAAGUGACGGUCCUUUAAGGUUUUCUUGUCAAUGACUGACGUCUCAAUGUUCACAACUUGAGAUGGAAUUUGUGAAAAUGGCAAAACCAAGAUGCUUUUCAGCACCUUUCCUGUUUCCUGCAUCGUUCAAUGUCCAAGGUCCAAAAUCCAUGCAGUGUUGAACACUAUGACACAAAAACAUGGGAAAAGUGCAGUAACAUUUCAUUCUGUAUAUAUGUUAUAAGUGAGGAAUGUGAGAACUUUUAAUCUCCACUUGAUCUAAAUUGUCCUUAGUCAUGAAUGAUGGUCCUAUUUAAUAUUUUAGUAGCUUCAACGUAACCAUCAGUGUGACCCUUUUGGUGUAUAUUUGCAUUGUGAAGCACAAAUUCCAAUAUUACUUAAGUUAGCACAUAAAAUAGCAACAUUCAUCGUCAUUAUGAAUUCAAAUGUACACAACAGGUCCCUUCGUGAAGACGAGUGAAGCACGUUCAGCAGCAGAAGAAGCGUCUUUGCAUAUGUGCACAGAGAAGAAACAUCAGAAUGCAGUUCAACACAAAAACAAAAAGCCACUUGACGACUUGGCAGGAAUGUUAGAAUAAAGGGGAGAAAAAAAUCAAUAAAAGAACAAUUACUAAGAAUUAAUAAGACAAUUAUUUUAAAGCUGAAUCACAUAGAUUUAAUGGUCCAGUGUGUAAGAUUUAGGUGAAAGGG